AUGGCACUCACCCACUUCCACAGCGGCGACGAUCAGUGGACUAGGCCAUCCACUGCUUUCCACUCCGGAGAUAACAAUGGAUGGCCCCAUCUUUUUGACAAGUAUUUUGGGAUACCCAACAUCGACAUCGGGACCAAGUCUGAUAAAUGUUUACUGGUGGCUGUUCCAGAGCUGUGUCAGUGCAGAGAUCUGGAGCUGGACUGUGACGGUGCCCAGUUUCACCAUGUCCCAGCCGUGUCCGUUAACGUCACCAUGAUGUCCCUGCAAAGGAACCGACUUCGGAUAUUGAACGGUGACAUAUUCUAUAAGUACCAGAGUCUUCAAAAACUAUAUCUACAACAUAACAGAAUUCGAGCUGUGAGUCCUAACGCAUUCAGAGGACUAUACAAUCUAACAAGACUAUAUUUAAGCUAUAACAAAAUAUCCAUCCUGAUGCCCGGGGUGUUCCAAGAUCUACACAAGCUGGAGUGGUUGAUCCUUGAAAACAACAGUAUCCAUCAGAUAUCCCCCAUGACCUUUUCAGGCUUGCGUUCCUUGGUACUCCUGGUUUUGUUGAACAACGCUCUGACAAAGCUGGAUGACAUCUGCCUGGAAAUGCCACGACUAAACUGGCUGGACAUGGAGGGAAAUCAAAUUGAAAGUGUUGGAAACGUAACAUUCUGGUCGUGCAACAUGAUGACUGUGCUUGUCCUACAGAAGAACAGAAUCAGUCGCAUACAUGAACAGGCAUUCUCAUUUCUAAAGAAACUUGGGGAAUUAGAUCUGUCCAGCAACAGACUCGUGGCAAUCCCUCCCGAUCUCUUUGUUCAUCUGGGAGAUUUACUACAGCUGAACAUCUCGUGUAACCCUAUCGUGGAUCUCCAAGUUGACCACUUUGAUAACUUGCAUAAAUUGAAAUCCUUGAGCAUAGAGGGAAUCGAGAUUGGGAACAUACAGCGAAGGAUGUUUGAACCACUCAAACAAUUGACCCACAUUUACUUUAAGAAGUUCCAGUACUGCGGCUACGCCCCUCACGUGCGCAGCUGCAAGCCCAACACGGACGGCAUCUCGUCCUUCGAAGACCUCCUGGCCAACAUCGUCCUGAGGGUUUUCGUCUGGGUGGUGUCGGCCACCACGUGCUUCGGCAACAUCUUCGUCAUCUGCAUGCGCUCCUACAUCCGAUCGGAGAACAAGCUCCAUGCCAUGUGUAUCAUCUCCCUAUGUUGUGCCGACGGACUGAUGGGCGUUUACCUCUUCAUGAUUGGUGCCUACGACCUCAAGUUCCGCGGUGAGUACAACCGCCACGCCCAGGCCUGGAUGGACAGCGUCCAGUGUCAGGUGAUCGGCUCCCUCGCCAUGCUCUCCACCGAGGUCUCUGUCCUCCUUCUCACCUACCUCACCCUGGAGAAGUACAUCUGUAUCGUCUACCCCUUCCGGUAUUUAACCCCCGGCUGCCGGCGUACUGUCUCGAUCCUUCUGAGCAUCUGGUUUAUUGGCUUCAUCAUCGCCUUCCUCCCCCUGGUAUUCAAAGGAUUGUUCAGGAACUUCUAUGGUACCAACGGCGUGUGCUUUCCGUUACACUCAGAGCAGCCUGAGACAACGGGGGCGCAGGUGUACUCCAUCGUCAUCUUCCUGGGCCUGAACCUGGUUGCAUUCCUUAUAAUCGUACUGUCCUACGGGAGUAUGUUCUACAACAUCCAGAGGACAGGGACACAGACGACAAAAUAUAGUAACCACAUCAAAAAGGAGGUGACCAUAGCCAAGAGGUUCUUUUCCAUCGUCAUCACCGACUCUCUUUGCUGGAUACCCAUAUUUGUCCUCAAGAUUCUAUCACUGUUGCAGGUGGAAAUUCCAGGAACCAUCAGCUCCUGGGUGGUGAUCUUCAUUCUGCCCAUAAACAGCGCCCUCAACCCCAUCCUGUACACCCUGACCACACGGCCAUUCAAAGAGACCAUCCUCCAGGUGUGGGCCAACUACAGGCAGAGGAGACCUCUGAUGAGCAACCACACAGCCCACCAACCCUCAUUCACAUUGCAGGAGAUGUGGCCUCUCCAAGAAAACAGCCAGACCCUGACUUCGCCUGGCGACUACCUGGCGAAUCCCUCAAAAAUAUCCUGCACGUCUCAGCUACUGCCCGUGGAAAGAACAAACGGUGUAUAAUGCCCUUCGGUUUCAACAAUUCAUGUGGGUUCAUGUGAAUGGUACGUUUACAGCAUGUUGACGGUUGUAGAGUCAAUUAACAUUUUGCACUGUGAUUUGUACAGACAACGGAUCUCAUUGUACAUGUUGGACUAUGUGCAAUUCUACUCUGCUGAUGCUUAGACUUUGGCUUUGUGAAUGCCUUUGGUUUGAUGUGAUUAUUAACAUACUUAUUCCUAAAAAAAAAAAUCACACCCAUCAGCAUUCAUUUCUGUAUAGUAGAUUGCUCCUGAUGUACUGGAGCCUACAGACUGUGUACAGUAUUGUAUAGAAUAA